CUGUCCCACUCCCGUAGACAACUGCUCGGCUCAGCAUGGGCCGCUGUUGGUGAGCUGGCGUCGACCAUGGUGCCCGGGAUCGCCCACGUCGUAUGUGAGCAGAAUGAUUUCAUUGGCACCGCUCGUGGAAUCAAUUGUAACAUAUACAAGCGUCACGUAUUGAUUUUUCUCAAUCAGACAACAAUGCAUUGGCCGACGGGUCUCGUUCAUGGUUUAUGAUAGAUACUCAAGGCAAGCCACAAGGACAAGCAUGAAAUAUUCAGCGACAUUUUUUAACCAAAUAAAUAUUUUGUGCGUGUGUCCCUAGUUUUCUGAUGGUUGGCAGCUAUGCAUAUAAAUGGAGGACAUUUUAUUUAGAUUGUGGUGUGAUAAAAACAAGAACUUGUGUCGUAUUGGCGCUACCAAAUCCAGGUGAUGUCAGCACGCGUGUGGCGGUGUGGUGAUGCUGUAGCAUGUUGACACACAGUGUUAUAGCUACUGUUUAGCUUUGAGAUAUUUUGCUUGACGCUACCAGAAAAAAAAAACAUACCUAUUGAACUCUCGUGAAAACAGACAACAGUUUUCUCAAACAACUUGAAUUUGGUGUUCUGGUUAAUAUACUAAUCGAGGAGGACGAACUAUGAAUGCCAACGGGGAAGCGUUACAUGGAGGGGAGGAGGAGGAGGAAGAACUCGGGGAGGAUGCCUUGCUGAGGAAACAAAUAGAAGACAACACAAAUGAAUCCCUGGAGAGUACCCGGCGUAUGCUGGCAAUGUGUGAAGAGAGUAAGGAAGCGGGGAUAAAGACUUUGGUUAUGCUGGAUGAGCAGGGAGAACAAAUGGACCGCAUUGAGGAGGGCAUGGACCAGAUCAACCAGGACAUGAGGGAUGCAGAGAAAAAUCUCGAAGGUCUAGAGAAAUGUUGCGGUCUAUGUGUGCUGCCGUGGAAAAGGUCCAAGAACUUUGAGAAAGGAUCUGACUACAACAAAACGUGGAAGGCCUCAGAGGAUGGUAAAGUCAACACAAAUGGUCCCAGGGUAAUGGUGGAUCAAGGCAAUGGCUCCGGCCCCACUGGAGGAUAUAUAACAAGGAUAACAAAUGACGCCAGAGAAGAUGAGAUGGAGCAGAACAUCAGUGAGGUGUCUGGGAUGGUCAGUAAUCUACGUAACAUGGCUGUUGACAUGGGCAAUGAGAUUGAGUCCCAGAAUCGACAGCUGGAUCGCAUCAACCAGAAAGGCAUGUCCAAUGAAGUUCGCAUCACUGCUGCCAACCAGAGGGCAACCAAACUUCUUAAGGAGGCUUAAGAUUAUCUGCCACUGCCCUAUACAAAAGUCUAUUAGAAUUUACUUUCAGUUCUGCAAUGCCAAAUAGCUUGUAAAUGGUUGCUCUGCUUCUGACAUUUUGAGUUGGAAAUUUUAAAUUUUUUGACCAACAACUGUACAAUGUGAAAAGUUUUUAGUAUUACUGAAUGAUAGAAUGGCAUCCAGUUUUAGUAGGGAUCAGCUCCUCUUGUGUAACAUUUAAGUCUUGUAAAUUUUGUUCAAGUCAAUUCAUAUUUGGUACUGUGUAUAGUGGGAGAUAGAUUUUGUGAUUCUUUUCCAUGAGGAUUAUGCUUAGGUCUGAGUUAUCAACUCUUGAGUCACAGUCCAUCAAAGGAAACUUUCUUUUCAACUUAAGUGUUGUGUUUACAUUUCAGUGUCUCCUGUAGCAUGUUUUUUCACUGCAUAGCUUUUGAUUUCGUCCUUAUAUUUUGUAGAUUUAAGUUAGCUAGAGUUAUCUUAUUUUCCUUGAGAAUUUUGUUUUCUUAUUUAUCUUUAUUUCCAUUUUUUCAGUUCCUAGGCUGUCUUUAUUCAUCCUUGAAAUGAUUGCAACAAUUCUCUCAUGAAUAAAAAAAUUAAAAAUUAAGCGCUUUGACAUUUUAUCAAAUAAAUUAUUUCCAAUGAGUUUUAAAUUCUGGUCAGUUAUUUUGGGAGUGUGGGUCAAAUUUUAAAAUUCUGGCCAGUUUUUGAAAUUCUCCAUUCCCUUUAAAGGCAACUAAGUACAUACCUCUGUCUAUUUUUAGUUUGCCAGUUUAUAAAGCUUCCUUAAGUUUUGGUCACUGAUUUUUGCCUACAGUGGAUAUGCCCAGUAUGUUGUCAACAUCUUGAUCCAGUCCAUGUUUUCAUUUUACUAUGAAUAAUUUACAUUUUUUUCAGAACUAGGUGCAGUCAUGAGCUUAACUUGUUCACACUCACUUAACUAAUUACCCUCUAUUUCUGUUUGUAAUGUUUAGUAUUAAAAAGAUUUGAUUCUCUAGAUCGUUUUAAACAUUAAGAAAAAUAAUUUUUAAAAGAUUUUCAGAAUUAAUAUUAACAAUUUGAAAAAUGUAUUUACAUAUGAAUGCUCAUAAUUGUAAUUAUGGUAAAGGUCAAGCUAGUGGUUAAUUUCAGGGCAAAUUCAUAAUUAUUCAUACUAAUCAAGAGGCACUUGUCUCAAAAAAGAUUGUUUUAAUUGAUAGUUACACAAUGAAUUAAACGGGUAGGUGUUAACAUUACCUUGACUUUAUCUCACAGAGACUAAUUUUGUAUACUCAUGUCUAGUUUGAAUGCACAGAGUGGAUAAAACAUUGUCAGUUUUUCAGACAAGACUGUUUAACAUCUGUUUAGAUCUUUUCUUAAUUCUCUCUACUGUGUACGAAGUUUACCUCAAAAAUUAUUUUAAGGUCAUCAUUCUGCAGUGCAUAGAAUUUUAGUCAUUUGCUGACUCCAUAGUAUAUUAUAGCACAGUAUUUGGUUUCAUUUCUAAGCUUCUUUUUCCCCCAAUAGUUAUUUAAUUUGUAGCUAAUAUUUUCUAAUGUGUAUGUCUGUGUUUUUAUAUUCUGCAAAACAUUUCUCAGGUCACUUAAAAUUGCAAUACUAUAAUAAAUUCAAUUAUUAUGAAACCUUUAUUAAUAAACAACCUACACCUUCUUAUAAUUAACUUGGGACAACAUUGACUGUUGCCACUUACUAGCAGGGGUGGACUGGCCUGCCGAUCUACCUGGAAAAAUCCUGGUGGGCCCCCAGAAAAAAAACUUGGUGGAAGUAAUAGUCCUAUUAGUGUUUUGAUUUCAAAAAAAUAAGAUUUUGGUAUUUCUCCAUUUUACCAUUUCCGUUCCUUAUACUUAUACCAAGAUGUAAAAGUUAAUUUGAUGGGAAUAAAUUCUAGGGAUUAGCGGCCCUUUUAAAAUUUCACAGACCUCAUGGACAUAGCCAUUCCACCCCUGCUUGCCAGGUUUGUAGCAAACUGACCCUAAUUCUAAUGCUAUGCUAUGUGCUUGCAUUAUUGACUGCAUGCAAGAAUAAAAACACACACAUAUGCUAUAUAUAUUUGGUAGUCACUGAACAAAAACAAUAGAUUGUGGUUAAGGAUAAUUAUUGCACACUUACUUAAGUAUUUAUUUUGUAAUGUGUUAAUCACACAGUUGUCACUGGGAGAUAAAAUUAUUGAUGAUUUAAUAUGAUUGUUUCUAUCACUACUUUUAAACUAAUAAAAUCUGUUCAUUUUAAAUUAAUUCAUUUAUGUUUCACAUAAACCAUAUACAUUUUACUAAUCCAUUUGAAGACAAUUUUAAUUGCAUAUUAUUAAUCAUACUUUAAUGAAUAUAAACUGAUUACUUAUCAAGUUUUUUAAAUUGGCUUGCAGUGUUUUCUUCCAGUAUUUAGCAUCUGUCUUGUGGCAUUCAUUUGUCUUGCUCUCUUUCACCCCUUCUGUCUAAACCUUUUAGAUUGUUUUAUUUCAUCUUGUGUUGAUUUAUAUUUUUUUGUUUACUCAUAUUAAUGUUUUCUUUUUUUUUCCCCUUUUUUUCCCGUUAAUUUGUUG